AUGGCACUCGAGAGAGUCGCCCAACCACUGCACGUGGUGACCGCAACCGUCACUCUGCUGUUUGCCUUUGCAUCUUUUCUCCUCCAUUACAACUCCAACACGCACCUCAAGCCUUCGAUCUUACGCAAAAGAGCUCUUCGCGUGAUUAUAUUCCAGUGCAUAUCGGCUUCUUACAUCUCUGAAGUGAUCAUUAUCUCCCGACAGCAUCAUGGACUUGAUCCAACUCCCGACCGUAUCUUCGCAGCAGUCAUCACUGCGUUGGCAUGGGCUACGACCUGCCUCCGCAAGGAUAUUCUCGUCACAGAAGCUACUGGUCUCAGCGUGAUUGCCCUCCUCUUUGGCAUUCCUGGUCUGGUUCUCGAUGCCAUUCACCUGGAUCGCCCAGCAGUGCACAGAACUCUGAUCGUCCUGGAUUCCAUUCGAUUACUCUUUGUUAGCGGCGUGCUUGCGAACUGUCUAUUCCACACCCUUUUACAACGAACUCCCCUCAAGAGCGAGGAAGAGGAGGAUGUGAUACCGUGUCUGGGCGAAGCCAAUGGCCAUUCCGCACACAAUCCGAUCUCCUACGGCACGACACGGACAGAUGGCAUCGAAUCUUCCUGCAGUGAAGAUGAAAGCGAUUCAGAGACCUCCGACGGCGAGGACGAGUCCGACAAUUCUCGCACCAGCCAGCUCCGCAAGACCGGCAGCUGGAUAGCAUACAUCCAGAACUUCCAGGUCUUCCUCCCGUUCCUGAUCCCCCGAAAGGAUCGCAAGGUGCAGGCCUGCCUCCUCGUCUGCGUCCUCUGCCUCAUCGCCGACCGCGUGCUGAACGUCCUGGUGCCGCGCCAGCUGGGCAUUGUCGCGGACAAGCUCUUCGCCCGGGAGUCGCCGUCCACAGAGCUGGGCGUCUACAUCGCGCUCAACCUCCUGCACGGCCAGUCGGGCGUAGAGAUGAUCCUCUCCCUCGCGAAGAUUCCGAUCAAGCAGUUCUCCUACCGCCAACUAACAACCACGGCGUUCGGCCACGUCAUGGACCUAGGCAUGGACUUCCACUCGGACCGCGACUCGGCCGAGGUGAUGAAAGCGAUGGAGCAAGGCGAGGCGCUGACCAACCUCGUCGAGGUGGCGCUGCUCGAGAUCGCGCCCGCCAUCCUCGACACGGGCGUGGCAUUCGUCUUCCUGUACCGCAAGUUUACCUCCACCGCGGCGCUGAGCAUGCUCAUCGCGACGCUGGCCUUCACGACCGUCGAAGUCAUCACCGCCGACUGGAACGUCGCCAACCGGCGGCGACAGACCCGCGCCGAGCGCGCCGAGGCGCGCGUCCUGCACCAGGCCAUCCAGGGCUGGCCGACGGUCUUCAUCUUCAACAUGUUCGACCACGAGCGGGCGCGCUUCGGGGCCGCCGUCGACCGCCAUCUGCAGGCCACGCGCGCCUGGUCGCAGCGCGACGCCUACACCACCGCGCUGACGGAGGCCUUCUUCCCGGCGACCUUCGCCCUGCUAGCGACCCUGGUCGCGCGCGAGGUGCAGGCCGGCCGCGCCUCGCCCGGCGACUUCGUGUUCCUGGUGCAGUACUGGGACUCGCUGAUCUGGCCCAUCAAGUACCUCUCCAAGGACUACCGGUGGCUUGUCGCGGAGCUCGUCGGCGCCGAGCGGCUCCUCGACCUCCUUCGCACCAACCCCACCGUCACCGACGCGCCGGACGCCCUCGCCCUCGACCCGUCGACCGUCGAAGGCCGCAUCGAGUUCAACAACGUCACCUUCGCCUACGCCACCGACAAACACCACCUCCCCACCCUGCAGAACAUAACCCUCACCGCGUCCCCGGGCCAAACCAUCGCCCUCGUCGGCGCCACCGGCGCCGGCAAAUCCAGCCUCACGAAGCUCCUCCUGCGCGCCUACGACCCGCCCCAAACACCCACAGCGGGAACCAUCACCCUCGACGCCCACGACAUCCGCUCCCUCACGCAAUCCUCUCUCCGGCAAACCAUAGGCGUCGUCCCCCAGAACCCUCUGCUCUUCAACACCUCCAUCCUCGACAACCUCCGGUACGCGCGGCCUUCCGCUAGUGCGGCCGAGAUUCACGCCGCGUGUCGCAGCGCCGCCAUCCACGAGAAGAUCCUCUCCUUCCCCAAGGGCUAUGCCACCAAGGUCGGGGAGCAGGGGGUCAAGCUGUCCGGCGGGGAGGUGCAGCGGUUGGCGAUCGCGAGGGUGCUCCUGAAGGAUCCCGCUGUACUAGUGCUGGAUGAGGCGACGAGUGCGGUGGAUACGGAGACGGAGUGGGUGGUGCAGCGGGCUUUGAAGAGGAAGCGCACGACGCUUGUGAUUGCGCAUCGGCUUUCGACGGUGGUGCGGGCGGAUUUGAUCGUGGUGUUGCAUGAGGGGAGGAUUGUGGAGAGGGGGACGCAUGAGGGGUUGUUGAAGGAGCGGGGGAGGUACUUUGGGCUUUGGGAGAGGCAGUUGAUGGGCGAGGAGAAGGAGAUGCCUUUGGUGGAUAUAGAUGGGAGUUCGUUACCUUAA